CUCCAAGAUGCGCUUCACAUCGUACUUUAUUCUGCUCCACAGACUGGCAGCACUGACCUAUAGCACGCCAAUAUCUGACACCGCGGACAUCGAAACAUCACCUACGCUACCCAAGCGCACAUCAGGCUCUCCGGCACACUCCCCUCCUACAAUCCCUGUAUACGUCCCUCCAUCAUAUAUCUGGGAACCAAACAAUGCUACUUGCCGCGCCAUGCUGACCUACUCGGUGGGAGAGAUGUUCGAAAGCACAUAUCUGGGACUGGAAAUUCGAGUAUUACAACGCAACGGGCGAUUGGCAUAAUCGCAAGAGUCGAAAUUACCAAGAACCGGG